UGCAACUGCAAUGGCAAAUUUAAAUUAAGAUAUUUAAGUCUCAAAUAGCACUAGGCUAGUUAAUUGUGUAAUAUACAGUAACAGUGUUGAAAUUAAAAAUAUAUAUAUAUAUAAGAAACAAAGUACUUUUGCUUCAAAUAAGGUGCCCCUGGCUAAUCUAAUUGCAGUCAACAUUUUGAAAAAGGAAAGCAGCAGUUUUGCCCUUCCGAAAACGAUAUAUACAAAAGAAACAAAGUGGUGUAAUUCAUUCACUUUCAAGUUUGCGCAUCGCAAUAUUGUGCUUAUCCGCUGUUACGCUAACGUGCCAGAAGCUAUGAUUCUACAAAUGCCAACCGCUAGUUUCAGCGUUAAUAUGAAUUCAGUGAAAGAUAACUGUACAAUCAAAAAUGUUUGGAACCAUAAUCUCCAUGAGGAAUUUCGUGUUAUUCGAAAGAUCGUGCAAAAGUACCACUGGGUGGCGAUGGACACAGAGUUUCCAGGAGUGGUGGCGAGGCCUAUUGGUGAAUUCAGAUCCACAGCAGAUUAUCAGUACCAACUACUCAGGUGUAAUGUAGAUCUGCUGAGGAUAAUUCAGCUGGGGUUAACAUUCAUGGAUGAGAAUGGAAAGACACCUCCGGGUUGCACCACGUGGCAGUUCAACUUCAAGUUCAAUUUGCAGGAGGAUAUGUAUGCACAGGACUCCAUUGAUUUACUGCAGAAUUCUGGUCUUCAGUUUAGAGAGCAUGAGGAGCAUGGCAUUGAACCAUUAGAGUUUGCAGAACUGCUCAUGUCUUCAGGCAUAGUAUUAAUGGAUAACAUUAACUGGUUGAGCUUUCACUCCGGCUACGAUUUUGGAUACCUACUAAAGCUGCUGACAGAUCAAAAUUUGCCUCAGGAUGAGAAUGAUUUCUUUGAAAGUCUACGGUUGUAUUUUCCAACUGUUUAUGAUGUCAAAUACUUAAUGAAAUUAUGCAAGAACCUGAAAGGGGGGCUACAAGAGGUAGCAGAUCAGCUGGAGCUCCGGCGCGUGGGGCCGCAGCACCAGGCCGGCUCCGACUCGCACCUCACCGGCAUGGCCUUCUUCAAGAUCAAAGAGAUAUUCUUCGACGGCAACAUCGAGAGCACGAGCGGGCACCUGUACGGGCUGGGCGCGCCGGCGGGCUCCACCGACGACGCCGGCUCCACGCCGUGAACUCGACGGACGGGACGUUUGCAAUCUUAUAUUCAUCCUUAUCAUGUAUAAUAUCCUAUUUAGUCUAGAAAAUUUAUAAUUCAAUGAGCAUAUGCCUUAGACCAUAGAGCAUUAAGUAAGCAUACUGAUCGCCCCAUACGUGGCUACUCUUACUGACCGCCAUUAAUAGUAGUUUGUACGGGAGAUAUGAUAUUAAUAAAAUUGAAGCUCGUUUAAAACAGCUCAUUAAGUAAGUUUUAAGAAAGAUCACUUUUUAUACUGAUUAUUAUUAAUUUAAUAAGUUUUUUUUGCAAUGAAUGGAGUGAGCACUCGAUGCUUACUUAUUGUUCUCUAUGCUUAGGUUUAAUUCAGGCUGACUAAGCGACACUUGCACCGUCCCACUAACCCGGGGUUAAACCGUUAACCUAGUGUCAAAUUGUAAUGGUAAUUCCAGGUUCCUGGUUAACCAUGGGUUAGUGAAUGGUGCAAGUGGCCCUUAGAUAGGUAACGGAGAGUAUAAUAUGAAGCCUAUACAGCGCGUUUAGCCACAUUAAUUUAAUGCGAUGUGCAGUUUCCAUAAUAUAUGUAGUUCAUACGUUUCACCGACCGAAAUAAUAGGUUGAUCUGUGUAAAAUUAUCCUAUAUUUUUUUUAAAUAAGAUUAAUUUUUGUUAAUAACUGCGAGUCAGUGUGACAUGGCGGCUGUCAAAAACAAACGAAUAGCGAUAGAAUGGCGUUCUUGAUGUUGGGAUAUCAAAUUAAAAUAUAUAAACUGAAAUAGUUUUAAGCGCUAGCUGAACACUCCAAGUAAAUAUCAUGGUUUUUGAGAUGCCAGUACAGAUCAGAUUUUUGAUUAGUUGCGAGUAAAGGCCGAACGAAAGGCCUUCGUUGGUCCUGGUCCUGUCUGGACGAUUUAGCGAACACCAAUGAACGUUCGUUACGUUCCGGAGCACAUCCAGACUGUGGCGGCAACAUAAAUUGAAUCUGAAUAAUUCCGCCGAAUUCAGAGAGUGGAGGGUCCGCUGAAGGCCAACAAACGAACGCUCAGUUUUAUAAAAAUAGAAGAAUUGAUUAUAAUAUAAUUUAGAUUUAUUAUUAAAAUGUGUAAAUGUCCACCAGCUUUGAUCUCGUUUAUUUUUUAUUUUCCUUGUUAACUCGUUAUGGUAAAAGUCCAUUAGACUGGACUUCCGCUUGUUGUAAGUUAGGAUGGUAUUCCACCUGGACAGGUGGGAUACCACCCUUAAGCCCGUUUCACAUUUGUCUGUCGUGUCGUGUUGUGUCGUGACGCAUAUCGAUUUCAUACAUUUAAUAUGAUUGCGUGCACAUUUGUCAGACGCAGCGUGCGUGUAUUCUUUAUAAAUUGCUGUUCUGUUCUGUUUUAAUUUAAUUGAAUUUAAUUUUAAUUGUGAUUUUUUACAUUAUAAUGUGUGGACCUAUGUUGUCUUUUAAUAAACGGAUUUAUUAUUAUUAUUAUUCUAAAUGUGAACGCAACCAUAUUAAAUGUAUGAAAACGAUAUGCGUCACGACACAACACAACACGACAGACAAAUCUGAACCGCGCUUUACAAGUUUUCGUGAAAUGGGCAUCAACAUACUAGAAACAAUAAUUAUUCAAAUUGACAUUCUCCAAUUUAUGUAUUUAUACUACAAGUAAUAAAAAUCUGAGUACAAUUUAUAAUCA